GGAAUCAGUUUCCUCCUAUUGCAGCUCAGGAUCUUCAGUUUGUUCUGAAGGCUGGAUACCUGGAAAAACGCAGAAAAGACCACAGUUUUCUUGGCUUUGAAUGGCAGAAGCGUUGGUGUGCUAUCAGUAAGACGGUCUUCUAUUAUUAUGGAAGCGACAAAGACAAACAACAGAAAGGUGAAUUUGCCUUAGAGGGCUACACCGUCAGAAUGAAUAAUAGCCUUCGGAAGGAUGCAAAGAAAGAUUGCUGUUUUGAAAUCUCUGCUCCUGAUAAGCGCAUUUAUCAGUUUACAGCUGCCACUCCUAAAGAAGCAGAGGAAUGGGUACAGCAGGUCAAAUUUGUAAUUCAAGAUAUGGAAUCUAAUACUAUUCCUGAGGAGGAAGAGGAAUAUGAUGAUGUUGGACAAGUGAGCAGUGAACCAAUAGAUGAUAGCAUUUAUGAAGAAGUUAAAGAAGAACGUGUUCCUUCAAAGGCUGAAGUGCCAAGAAAACUGAGCCAGGAGAAAGUUACCACUGUUUCAGAUAGCAAAAAUACCGAUUAUGCCAAUUUCUAUCAAGGUUUGUGGGACUGCACAGGAGAUGUACCUGAUGAGUUGACAUUUAAACGUGGUGACGUUAUCUACAUUCUCAGCAAGGAGUACAAUAGAUUUGGCUGGUGGGUAGGAGAAAUGAAGGGAACCAUUGGCUUGGUGCCUAAAGCCUACAUAAUGGAGAUGUAUGAUAUUUGAGAGGCCUGGGAGAAACCUGCACUUGAAAUCAAGAGUGGUGUGUAACUGCAGUUUACAGACCUGGCCUCUGAAAGAAGAUUUUGCUCUACACGUUUUGUGGUUUCAGUGAAUGUAGUCAGAUUGUUGCCUUGUGUGUAUUAAACAUUAAAAACUGUAUUUGAUCAUAAUUCUAUAGAAAUGUUCUUCUUAGCCACUUUUUAUAGAAUUGUAAUGCUAGGAAAUGACAUAGAUGGUAAUUAAUAUAUGGGGCACAAGCAGCCAAAUACUGCCUGUUGCUCUUUUCUUAAGCAUACUAGCAGCACUCUGUAUAGCUAUAGGUUUGUGUUCUUUCAGGGAGUUUGGCAAUGUUUUGCGCUUUCUCAGAAAAAUCAAGCUGAACUUUGAAAGUAGAAAACUAUUACUCAGUUCAU